AUGCUCGAGGCCUUGAAUAAUGCACAGAUCUUGGGACUCGCUGGCCAAAACGCUACUGAAGAGUACGAUCCUGUGUAUCCCCCGGGCACGCUGGAAGAAUACCUUUCAAACGAGGACAGACGGGGAACAGUUGACCCCAACACCUUGACAAGGGAGGAGGCAGAGAAGGAGGAAAAGAGCCUUGAGGAUAGAGCUCCGCCCCUUGACAGCCUACUGAACCUGGACGAGAUCGAAGAUGUUGCAACUAAACAACUUAGUCGAAAAGCGUGGGCUUAUUACUAUAGUGCUGGGGACGACCUCAUAUCGAAGCGUCUGAACAACGAAGUGUACCGAUCGAUACUCCUCCGGCCUCGAAUAUUCGUUGAUUGUGAGCUUUGUAAUCCCUCCACCACUAUCAUGGGAUGCAAGACAGAUCGUAAGAAGAGUGAGGAUAUGCUUGCUCGAAGAAUCGCCAUCCCGACCAUCAAAUUCGUCUGUCUUACACUUGACGCACCUGUUCCGGGCAAGCGAGAGGAUGAUGAAAGGUCCAAAAACGUGGGGUCAAUCCUUCCAUUCACGUCAGCAGCUCAAUCAGGCUCUGCCAGCAAAGCAACUUCAGGUGGUAUUGGUAAAUCGCUGUUCGCAGGUACUUCGCCCAACUUGACUUGGAAAAACACUAUGCCUUGGCUUGCUGAGCACACGAAAUUGCCAAUACUCCUCAAAGCCAUUCAGACUCACGAGGAUGCCUAUCUGGCAUCACUACAUGCUCCACAGGUUAAGGGCAUUCUUUUGUCCAAUCAUGGCGGCAGGGCAGCGGAUACUGCACUGCCUGCAAUCCAUACGCUAUUAGAAAUACGCAAGUACUGCCAGGCGGUCUUGCAGAAGGUCGAAGUCCUUGUAGAUGGCGGUAUCAAAGGGGAACAGAUGUGGUCGAAGCCCUUUUCCUUGGGGCUAGGGGGAUCGGCAUAG